GAAUAUUUAAGUAAGAAUGCUUGACUUAGCGUAGUUUCCCUGUGGAGCUGUUUUCGUUUUCUUUUUCACACACACCCGCCCCAAACAACAACAGCGACUCUGUGUUCAGGAACAAAUAUACAAGUGUCAGGACUGGAUAAUUAUAUCUUGCCUUCCAUGCAGACUGCCUUGUAAAAUCUAGCAUUGUUGUUCUUGCUGAGCAGGCUGAGAAGGAGGGAGUUGACUUGUGGGUGUGUUUGUAGGGAGGUACAAAUAGAGUAUUUUGAAUAUUAAGGCAGAAGGAAGGCAUACAGUAUUAUACUUGUGUAAUACUUCUUUGCUGCAUAUGACUCAAGAGAAUACUUCGUGAAUUCUACACUUUUCAGAAGAUCGUCACCCAAAUUCAUUAUAAUACACCAACUUUCUCUUUUUUAAAGCAACAACUCAACUAAAUUAGUUCAGGGAGAGAUUAUUUUCUGGCUUAGCCCCUUACUUUUAGCUUUAAUUGAAUGCAUUCAUAGCAACAAUAGGACAGAAAUCAUUGUGAAUCUUACCUCUUCAUCAAGUUGCUUUUAGUUCCUCAGCAAGGAAAUUUAAGUUACAUUAUGUGAAAAUCCUUUCAAGAUACAGUUUUAAGAAUGCUAACAACUUUUUAAGCAACUAUAAAAGUGGUGAAGAUGAGUCUUGCAUUUUAGAACUUCUACAAAUAUAAGUUUUAACACACAUUUUCAGAAUUUGCAAGAUACUUCAUGGUCCUGCCACCCACCUCCCCGCCCCCAUUCCAAAUCAAGUUGUUGCAGAAGAUGAACAAAGUGGAUUUGUGGAGUUCACCAUUAAUCAUGGUGUCUUUCUGAAUGCUGUGCAUAUCUGAUAAGUACUGUUGUAAUGUAAAAGCUGAGUUGCAUAGCAUUGUAACAACAACAGCUAAAUUAAUGAGGUGAAUGUAGUUGUGGCUUUUCAAAAAUGCACACUCCCUUUUAGGUAUUUUUUUUCUCAUAUAAGUGCAGAGAGCAAUUAAGAUGAGCAGCUAGAGGGGUGAGGGGUGCAGUCGGCACGAAGUGCGGCUUCUCGUGCUUCCUUUGGGACUCACCCUUGCCACAAAGCUGGCAUAGGUGCACCCUGGAGAAGGAAGAAAUCUGGAGAGCCAAGAGAAGUGCUAAAAGUGAGAGUGGUGGACUGCAGAGGCCGGACUAGAUCCUGGCCAUGAGGUUUGAUGCCUCGCUUUAUUGAAGGAGAGACACUGGACCUAAAUGGCGCAGCAUGACUUUGUUCCUGCCUGGCUUAACUUCUCUACACCACAGUCUGCUAAGGCCCCUGGAACCACUCUUGAGAAGCAUGGAGAGCAUCUUCCUCGGGGAGAGGGCCGAUUUGGAGUAAGCCGGAGACGCCACAACUCUUCUGAUGGCUUUUUUAAUAAUGGUCCCCUCAGAACUGCAGGAGACUGCUGGCAUCAGCCUUCCCUGCACCGUCAUGAUUCUGUGGACUCUGGUGCUUCUAAAGGAGUUCAUGUUGGGCUAGCUGGCAAUCAGCCUGGCUGGUAUGGUUCUUCACGAGGCCAUGAUGGCAUGAAUCAAAGAGGAGGAGGAGGAACUGGAUCCCAUCGCCACUGGAAUGGCAAUUUCCACUCCCGAAAGGGUUCAGCCUUUCAGGAAAAGCCACCUGCUGAGACGAGGGAGGAAAAGGAAGAAAAGGAGAAACUGCAAUUUGAGGAGGAAGACUUUCCAUCAUUGAAUCCAGAAGCUGGAAAACAGAACAGCCAGAGUAAACCAGUUGGGACUCCAUCUGGUGUUUGGGAAAACCCUCCUAGUGCCAAGCAACCUACCAAGAUGCUGGUCAUCAAAAAGGUUUCAAAAGAAGAUCCUGCUGCUGCCUUCUCAGCUGCAUUUACGUCACCAGGGCCUCAGCUUUCAAAUGGCAACAAGGCAACUACCAUUGUCCCAAGCGUCUACAAAAAUCUGGUUCCCAAGCCUGCAACACCCCCUUCCAAGCCAAGCCAAUGGAAAGCUAACAGAAGUGAACAUAAACCAGGCUCGCUCUCCUCCAGCCGUGAUUCUGCUUUUACAAGUCCAGUGUCUGUAACCAAACCUGCUAUACUGGCCAGUGGCUCUGUUCUCACCUCUUCCAAAGAGAGUCCUUCCAGCAUCACCCCUCCCAUUGAAAUAAACUCCUCUCGCUUGACAAAGCUGAUGCGCCGCACCACAGAUAAGAAGAGUGAGUUCUUGAAGGCCUUGAAGGAUGACCGGAAUGGGGAGUUGCCAGAGCGCCAUGAGAGCAACAAAUUGGAGGAUAUGGAGGAUGGCAGCACACCCGAACCAAAGGAAAACUGGGAAGAGAAUUGUCACCAAAAUGGUCUUUCUCUGCCUUUAGAAGAAGGGGAGAACCUUUCUCACUCAUUAGAAGCAGAACACAGGUUAUUGAAAGCAAUGGGGUGGCAAGAGUACCCUGAAAAUGAUGAGAAUUGCCUUCCCCUCACAGAGGAUGAGCUCAAAGAGUUCCAAAUAAAGUCAGAGCAGCUAAGAAGAAACGGCUUUAGGAAGAAUGGAUUUCUUCAAGGCCGUGGCAACAGUCAACUAUUCUCCCACUGGAGAAGCACUUUUAAGACAGAGUUUGAGGAGUCGGAUACAGAAACAAGUAGCAGUGAAACUUCAGACGAUGAUGCCUGAAAAUAGGCACAAAAACCCACAGUACAAAACAACCCAGCAAACUCAGUUUGUAGUUCAGCACAUAAAUGUUUGGGGUUCAAAUGAAGCAGAGUUUAUUCUGUCUCAAGUCUGUUCAGUUUCUUUUUAUUGUUGAAAACUUCAUGCACAAGGGAAAGAAUUAUAUCCCAAAGAAGAAAGCUAUUGGCUUAUUUUUGGUUUUGCCCUUCUAUGCUUCAUAGAGACCAGUCCAUGCAGAUGGGUGACUCAUGGCCUUCUGGUGCAAGGCAUACUUUCAGUCUCAUCAGCAGCAGGAUGUAAGGGACUGAGUUGGGCAGCCACAUGCUUCUCAUACUGCCGUCCACAUAGCAAAAUGCUGUGCGGCAAUAAUGUGCUAAAACAAUCAUUGUCAAUGACAAAAUGGCUAUGGAAGUUCUAAUUGUGUUAAAUUAAUGCUAAUAACAUGGAACUUUUUUAUUUUGUUUUUUGGCGGCUCGGGGAGCUUCAUCACUUAACCAGGCGUGUUUGGUUUUUUUUUCUUUUUUGGGGGUACAGCUGUAAAAUAUUUGGAUAUAGGAAUUGUUUGUGUUCUUGCAACCUUGAUAUUCAGGGUGGAUUGUAAAAUAUAAAUUUUUGUGGGACUUCAAAGAUUAAGAUUAUUUUGAUAACAUUAUUUACAGAUUUUAAAAAGUGACUAUCACAUUGAGUCUGUAUGAGGGGGAAAACUACUGCAACAAAAGAUAACUAACUUGGAAUAAAUAUUUUGCAUCAGUUUGCCAA